CUUCCCCGCUGCCGGGACUGGGGCCCUCCGGGCCGGCCGGAGCUGCGGGGAAAGGGGUGCUGCGGCGGGGAGGUGGCGCCCACCCCUUCUUUCCCCUUCGUUCGGGGGCGAGCGGCGGCCGUCGGUGCCAAGGCUUUGAUUAGUAUUUUAGACUCAAAACACAUUCUUCUGGAGCUGAUGUUUUCCUAACGCUUUCAAUUUGGCUUAAGAAGCUGCUUGGCUGGAAUGUUUUAAAGGGUUAAAAGCCCCAUAGGAUUUGAAGUUAAUUUGAAUUAAUUGAAGGAAAUACUUCUGGCCUCACCAAAGAGAUAACUGGAAUCAUGGAUCAGAACAACAGCUUGCCACCCUACGCUCAAGGCUUAGCCUCCCCUCAGGGUGCAAUGACUCCAGGAAUUCCAAUUUUUAGCCCAAUGAUGCCGUAUGGCACAGGACUGACACCACAGCCUGUCCAGAGCACCAACAGCCUGUCCAUCCUAGAGGAGCAGCAGCGGCAGCAGCAGCAGCAGCAGCAGCAACAAGCAGCUCAACAAUCAACGUCACAGCAGGCGACACAGGGAACAUCUGGGCAAACUCCUCAGCUCUUCCACUCACAGACUCUUACCACAGCCCCUUUACCUGGAACCACACCUCUCUACCCCUCUCCCAUGACUCCGAUGACUCCAAUAACUCCAGCAACGCCGGCAUCUGAGAGCUCUGGGAUAGUGCCACAGCUGCAGAAUAUUGUCUCUACGGUGAAUCUCGGUUGCAAGCUUGACCUGAAAACUAUCGCGCUUCGUGCCCGAAAUGCUGAAUAUAAUCCCAAGCGUUUUGCUGCUGUUAUUAUGAGAAUAAGAGAGCCACGUACCACUGCACUUAUCUUCAGCUCUGGAAAAAUGGUGUGCACGGGAGCAAAAAGUGAGGAACAAUCCAGACUGGCAGCAAGGAAGUAUGCAAGAGUUGUUCAGAAACUGGGUUUUCCUGCAAAAUUUUUGGAUUUUAAAAUUCAGAACAUGGUGGGCAGCUGUGAUGUGAAAUUUCCCAUCAGAUUAGAAGGAUUGGUGCUCACACAUCAGCAGUUCAGCAGCUACGAGCCAGAAUUGUUCCCUGGUUUAAUCUACAGAAUGAUCAAGCCAAGAAUUGUUCUGCUGAUUUUUGUUUCUGGAAAAGUAGUUUUAACUGGUGCUAAAGUAAGGGCAGAAAUCUACGAAGCAUUUGAAAACAUCUAUCCUAUUUUAAAGGGAUUCAGAAAGACCACGUAACAGUUUGUACAUCUUUCAGAGAAAGCAGGGGGAUAUUUUAAAAGGUAUUGUGUAUGGCACAGCGUUAGCAAGAGAUGGACUUUAGUGAAACUGCAACAUCAAGACUCGGACUAUUUCCCAUUUAGUGCCUACUUCCCUGAUGCUCAAGGGGAACUGUACUCUUGAGUAUGUCUACUGAGUUACUGUGAGUUGCUUUACUGGGCUGUUCCUGGAGCAGUCCCCUCCAAGUUUUAUUUAUAUUCUAGCUUUUAAAUAGUUUUAAUGCCAGUUGUAUUAAUAGAAAAUCUGUAAGUCAUUUUAAAAGACAAAUGCAACUGUGUCAGUGUAUAAACCACUUAAAUUGCCAUGUAUAUAUAUGUUUUAACUUCCUUCCAUAAGACCAUUGUUUUUGUAAUUUCUCAGAACUUUUAAAUUGUUUCCAUUUUUAAUUUCUUUGAUGCCAGACACAUUCCCUUCUUCCAGUAUUAAAGCAGGAUACAUUUACUAAUGAAAACGGCUCCCUGUAUAUAUAUAUAAUAUAUACCUCCCUUCUCUUUCCUCCUUCAGCUCCACGUGUACAAUAAACCCUGUUUAUACAAUUAUGGGAACUGUCUUAAUGAAUUUUAAAAUCACCCAGAUGGUGUAGAGUGAAAUAGGUUGAAAACUUACUCUUUUUUUGUUUGUUUUCCUUGGGUUUCAUUGGAUUUUUCACUAGCUUGUGCACUACUGUGACUUGUCAUUUUGAGAGAGACCCUUAACAAUGCUCUGGGUGGCUUACCAGCAGUCACAGCCUCAGCAACGUUCUAGCUUGGUUAUUUCUAGCGUGUUACAGCACAAGAGCUGACUGGUUAAAGAAGUUUGCGUUGGAAGUUGUAUCUGUUGCCUUACGUUCCAGAGGUGGAUUUAUGCAAGUCUUCAAUAGUGACACUUGACUGAAUUGGAACAAAAGAUCCUUCUUAGCUUCUAGAAUUUCUUUAAUACUUUUGUAUUUUACCAAUAUGCCAGUCUCACUAUAUUAGUGUUCCUGUAAAAUGUCAAAGCCCUUGCGACUAGAGUCAGUAUGUACAUAAUCUUUCCUCUGAACUGUGCUUGAAGCUUAAUGGGCUGAGAAUUCAAAAUAAACUUUUUUUCUCCUGUAAAUUUCCAGUAAUAGUAACC